UUUACGCCGGUGGCAAUGCAUUGUGUUGGGAAUGUAGGCGGUGUAAAAUGUCGCUUGAUGCGCGAACUGGUUGUCUCAAACCAACACCAGUCAGCGUUUAAUUUAGCGCCACUGAUUAGUUAACGUAAAAUGUCGGGACUUGUUAACGCACAAAUGACAAGCUAACCAGCUACCGUUGACUGAUAUGUCAGCUGCUGGAGCAAACCGCUCUGCCGACAACUAGCCGGAGCUACCGUGUUAGCACACCUAAACAGCGACUAUGGGGGUGUUGUUUUCUUUAUUAGAUCAGGUAGACUAGCGUUAACGUUAGUUUGUAGCUAACCGUCGCAUAUGAAAUGUGCAAGGUAGUCAAUACUCGUUAGCUAAACAACAGACACGUUAACAGAAACAACGCUAGGGUAAGGGUUAAUAAUAAUUCUUCCGAUUUAGCGUUAGCUACAUGUUAUUCGUCUCUUGGUGUUCUGCUAAAGCCGACUGGUUAGCUUGCUAACCAACUAACGUUAUAACGUUAGCGCCAACGUUGAAACCUGCAGUUUGGUUGAGACAGUUCGUAAACUAUCGAUCACGAGAGCACUUAACAUGCUAACGUUGACCUAAUGUUUGUUCACAUCAAAAACACAAGACGUUACCAAGGUUUUACUUAAAGUCAAUGACUAUUAAACGGUCUCUGCUGAGACUUUUAAUUUAAUUAACGUCACCGUUAUGGUUUCUAGUCUUCAUGGUGUUUGUAUCCCAAGAGACACGCACCUGCGGCUUGUUACAUAGAAAAUGAACUGCAGCAAAAAGGGACUGUUUCUUUCAACUAGUAGUUAACCACACUGACACACAUUUUAAUACAUUUCUUUGACUUUAUUGUCUUCUUUAAGACUUACUUCCCGGACUACUUCCGUUAAAGUGUUUUUGUCUAUUGUUUCAUUGGUAACGCAUUUAUGUUUCCCUAAAUGUCUUGUAUUCUCUUUUGGUUGGUAAAAAGGUUUAAAUGUCCGUUAUCUAGCCUUAUACCGCCGGUCAUGUCAGUGUGACAGGCUGCUGGCUCGCUGAGCUAUCUUUGGCCACAGGUGCUGUAGCUAAUGUCCAUGGAUCCAUAUCACUACCAGGGAGUAACUCGCACUGUACCACCCUAUGUGAGAACCGCUCAACUCUUCCUUUCAGGUCCACCGGUGCCUCUGACUUUUAGCAAAUGCAUCACGUGCACUACAGGUUACUUGAAUAACGAAAAAAAGAGACUAUUACAAUUUCCUUGACUGUGCACUAUGUGCUGGAUUUAGUAACACAGCUUAAUAAUAAAUGAUCUCAGUGUCUCAUAACUGUUACAGAGCACCGUGCUUGCUGAGGCACACUGCUCAGAGUGCUUCUGCUGAAGUGUCAUGUUCAUGUGACAGAGUUCAUAGUCCCCAAAGAUAGGCGCUGUGAUAUCAAGUCCAGGAAGCAGCAUGGUGGCAAGUGUUUUUUUUUUUUUUUGUUUUUUUUGUUUACAGACACACCGUCACGUGCACUCCAUCAACAAAUCAGACAUGCUCUCACACACACACACACCGCCCCACCGAACUGUGUUACUAGACGGAUCGAGAAGUCGCAGGCUCUUUUAUAAAGUUGUUGCUGCAAGGUGUAAACUUCAUUGGGUGGGGAAUAAAAGAUGCGUUUGUGAGCAAGUUUUUUUUGCUCGUCUCAACCGUUGGAUUUCUCUUCUUCAGACGAUCCGUGAUGGACUCCAGGUCUCGCAGACUUCCCUUUUGUCUGCCCAGCUCAAGGUCCUCCUACACAUCCAGUCCCACAGUCCCCUCGUCGUCACUGGGAUCCAGCCGGCUGUACAGUAGGGAGACUGUGCUGAAUAAUGACCGCUUCCCGAGGGUGUCGUCGGCUUACAAGGCGGACCUGGACCACCAGAGUUCUCGUCUCCUGAGCUCGUCCAGAGACUACAGCAGCUCCGACAGUCGCUCCACCAGCUGGAAGUUGCCCUCCUCUCUGACGUCCUCCAGCCGCUCUUAUGAUCGCCCGUGGGCUGAAUCCUCUCUCAGCAGCAGGACCAAACUGACUGAUACUGAGGGGAGGUUGGGGCUGCGCUCGGGUCUGUUGAACGUCACUGACGACGGCGAUUCUAAAAGGGCCAAGCUGUCGUACAGCAACAGAGGACUGUACUCAAGAACGGCCAGCAGCUCCGUUACAGGAUCCGCCUAUUCCAGCACCGGGCUUAGCAGCGUCAGAGGUACGGGGGAAAAACUUAGCGACAUUUGCGAUUCCUCGCAGAGCUCCUGCCGUCUGCUCUCGCGGUCGUCCUCUUCCUCCUCCUCCUCCAAUCCGCUGCUGUCCAGGAGAGAGCUAGAGACGAAGAUCGAGCCCAGUCUCUCAGGUUUGGGAGAAAGAAGGGUCAGGACUCCUGGAUCGGCUUCCUCGUUGUAUCACACAGACAGGGUGACCUCCACAUAUGCGCAGGGAGCUCGGCCUAAAGAGACCGCCUACUAUCCCUCCUUUUCUUCCUCGUCCUCCUACUCCUCCUCCGCCGCUAGAGAAAGCUCCCUAAAUCGCCACCUCUCAUCUUCCACCUCCUACCGCUCUUCUCCUCUGGCAUGCGACUUCAGCAGCAGAACCCCGUCCCGCUUCUUGAGCGGCUCAUCCGCCGUCCACUCAUCUCAGGAACAGACGAGGAUCCCUGACUCCUCCUCAAAGAUCUCCUCCCCUUACUCCUCGCACACCCCCAGGUACGCCGCUCCACCGCCCCGACCAGAGGCUGCGCUCCCUCCGAGGCCGGCCCCCGAAGGCGCGGAGCCAGAGGGCCGCAGCUCCACUCGACGCCUCUUGUCCCGCCUCUUUUCGCGGCGCUCCAGCCAAGACUCUUCCAGCGGGUCCUCCAGCGUCCGCUCCCUCGAUGACGACAGCCCGUCAACGGGCGGAGAGUCCGUGGACAGCGACGAGGGGGCCAGGGUGUCCAGUGUGGAGUCCGACACCGGAGGGUCGGAGGCAACCCUGGGUAGCCUCAGGCACCGUAGAGCGGACCUCGCCCCUAUCCAGGAGAACAACGAUGGCUAUCGUAGCGGCCUGGCUCAGGCGAGAACGGCAUCGUCGAGAGAGCCUGGCGUCGGUAGUAGUAAUAACAGCAGCGGAGGAGGAGGAGGAGGAGGAGGAGGAAGCUACUCCUGGCUGUCGUCCUCCCUCCGUGGCCGCUGCCCUCCCCUCCUCUCUCGCCUCAGAAGACACACUCAGGGCGGGAAUGCGCACCCUGCCGCAGGCUUAGAAGAAGGCCACAGCCGUCCACAGCACUUACUGAGAAGGUGGGAUGACCUCGAGCAUAAAGCUACGCAGGAAGAUGAUGAUGAUGACGAUGAGGAGGAGGAGGAAGAUGAAGGAGCGGUUGGUUUAGAGGUCUUCGGCGCAGGUCGUCCCUGCCGACUCGAGGACGAGACGUUGCCCGAACUUGAAGAUGCCUCGGCCGCAUUUUCGCCAUGCCGCAGAGUCGGAGUAUACGACAACAUUUUAGGGUCCGUGGGUCCGUCAGGUGCUGCUGAGAGCCAGCUGGAGAAACCCGCUUCCAGCCCGGAUCAGGAGAAGCUGCGCAUGAUCAAGGAGAGACUGCUGCUGGAGGACUCUGACGAUGAAGAAGGCGACCUGUGCCGAAUCUGCCAGAUGGGGCAGGAAUCUGCCUCCAACCCUCUGAUUCAGCCUUGCCGCUGCACAGGCAGUCUGCUCUACGUCCACCAGGACUGCAUCAAGAGGUGGCUCCGCUCCAAGAUCGGCUCAGGCACAAACCUUGAGGCCAUCACAACAUGUGAACUGUGCAAGGAGAAACUGCGUUUGAACAUAGACAACUUUGACAUUCAGGAGUUAUACAGGACCCACGUGCAAUCAGAAUACGAUGAGUUCAUCAGCAGCGGUCUUUAUCUGGUGGUGCUGCUGCAUUUCUGUGAGCAGAGGUUCUCCGAUGUGCUGGGAGCAGUCGAUGCUGCUGGGUUGUUCAACCUGGUGAGAAUUCUUCACGAGCACAUGGACAAUCUGGAAAUUCCUCAUGAAAGUGACGAGGAGCUACAAGACAACAGACCGUCUAUUGAGUUCUCUGACCUGGACGACGAUCUUGAAGAAGAGUACUAGUUUUGUGGUGGAUCGAGGGUAAAAAAAUAAAUAAAAAAUAAAUAAAAAGUGGGUCACUCCAUGCCAUAUGGUAGCUCACCCAGUUUUCACACGUGCGUCGACAUAAUCAUGUUCAUCUGAAAUGCAACGGCAGUGAGAAAUGCCAAGUGCGCGGGACAAAGCUGGCUUUUGCGGGAUAUGCAAACUCUAAAUGAACCAGAGCGUAAAUAAUUUGUUGGUUGACGCCACUGUAUUUCUGUUUCCGUGAGAGUGCACUUUAUUCAAUUAUGAGUAAAUAAAAGAUGCAAGUCUUUCUAAACCACAAGUGCUUUAAUGUUUAAAUAAAAAGGCUAGAAUUGAAAUAGCAUAGAAGGGCAACAGUGCCACUUUGUGAUGAUAAAAAGGAUGCUUUUGGGAGAGAAUAUUAAAAGUGAUGAUUAUUUCCUUUCGUUUUACUGUUUUCCUCCAACUUUUCCCACUGAUGAAUAUGUUGAAAGAAAAGACGAGAACUUCACCCAAUCGAACAAAUGUUCUUCAUCUCUGUUUCAGUGUUUGAAAUGCUUUGUCUGUUCAAAUCUAGUUUAAUGCGUUUUGAAAAUAAAGAUCGAAUGCAAACUG